AAAAGCAAUAACUUCAUUAAAAAUUUGUUAUGGGCGGUUUUGGAGAGAGCCGAUAGGUAUCAGGGCUGGAGAUGAGAGAGACAGCGGCAUCUAUAGUGGAUCCUGGGAAGCAGUGUCAGAGUUGCGUGGGAGAAAAGGAAACGGGGCGAGGAGGAAGAAAGGAGGAGUUUCCGAAUGAGAAUAGUGGAGGCCACACGUGCCCUGAAAGAAAAAAGGAAACAAAAUUGGUGAUCGUGGAGACGACGAUCCCACCAAGACAUCAGCGGCAAGCCUCAACAUCAGCAGAAGCGGCGGACAUCGGCAGCAGCAUCCCGGUACUGGCCAGGCCGGAAAACUGGUGCGAGAACCGUCAGCGGAGCACCGACACCAAGGAACCGUCCGCGGAGCACCGACUGGAGACACGUUUCUGUCCACAGAGAUGAGAGCGAGAAGAAGAGUGGGACCCUGAAUAUGAAAAGGGAGCGCUCUUGGAAGGUGGCGCUCAUGGAAGGGUGGGACCCUGCUAGGGAUAACGAAACCAACUAUCCCCGCUUACGAAAGUGCCAACGAGGAGAAGUCUGUCCUAUAAAUUAGAUUUGUUUUUUUUGUAUGUUUUUUGUUUGUUUUUGUUUUGUUCAAUCCGUCCCCUGGAUUAUCGGGUCGGAAACACCCCUGACUUCCCCGUGAGCUAGCUGGGAACGAUCGGCCAGGGUGGCAAAGAGGCGGAUCAUAACAAAUGUACUACAUCUAUUGCUAUGUGUUUCGAUAAAUACACAGCAACUCUGAUACGUUAUAUCUAGAUAUGCCCAUAUUUAGUGACUAAUUUUAGUUGACUUCAAAAAUCUUAUUGUACAUCACUACAGUGCAACCAGUAGCUGCUACACAUUUUUUUCUUUCUUAAAAUGAUGCUUAAAAUGAAUUCCAAGGAAUUCUUGGAAAAAAAUCUAACGCGGCAUUACCGUAAGUACAUUGAAAUUAAGGAGCGGGAUAGAGCAGUAUAUGGUAAGCAUUUUGAGACCCUUCACACAACACUAUUUCGGAUACUACAAAAAGAACAUCCAACGUUGGAGCAUCUCAUUGUGGAAUUCAAUUUGGAAGGUAACAUUUAUUCUGUGCAACAGCAUAUAGUGUUUUUUCUCUUCCUAUAGGUUUGGAGCCUUCAUCAAGGGGUCGAUUUGUCCUCUAGUAGUGUAUGCAUUUUUGAUUUCACCCAUUUUAUAGUUCGCUUUGGACUGGUUAGUCACAAUAGUUAGACUCGUGCGAUAAUAAAUUUGUAUACCAUAAACCGGGUUGAAUCGCGCGUAUCAAUACCGGGAAGCCGUAAUAAAAACCAUUCUCUGCCCCGCCGUGAACGACUCGUGUCCGCCGUUUCCGCGUGAUUAAUUCGAAUAGUGUUUACUCUGCUCUUGCAGGAAGCUCGGGUGAUAUGUUAAAGAUCGCGAAACCCAACGAAUUCGAUUUGGUAUUUAAGCUCCGUAUUCCGCAUUACCGGGAAAUAAUCGUGACGCGAGAUUCGGAAAUGCCGGGCAACGUUUUACUCGAUAUAACGCGCGUACUUCAACUACUCAAAAGCGAUCCCCGCGAGGAUCAACAGAAUAUCCGCCGGCUGUUAAAAUCUCUCGUAAACGCUCAAAACUUCCUCAUCGUGGAAAAGCUGCACCACUGGCUCCAAAGCCUAUUCAGUCGCACUCUCAACCGGCUCGAUCAUCGGAUCGUAGUGGAUGGCAAGGCAUCUAAGUUAAAGUAUCGCACUUGUGGGCCGGCCCACACCAUCGAGGUCGAAGGAAUGGAAUAUUCGGUUGAUUUUGUGCCUGCCAUCCGACUGGAUGCCGAGCAGAACGUGUUUCGGACCGAACAGUUGAAUUACCACGCGAACAUACACUACUGGGAUGCGAUACCCAAACCAUUAAAAAAACCGCUCAUAACCGAAAGUAUUUCAUUUCGAUCUUCCUUUUACGAUGCCGAGAAGGCGAUGUUAAGGGGUAAACACGAAAAUUGCCGGAAUGUAAUCAAGUGCAUUAAGAAAUUUCGCGAUGUUCAGACGAAUUUAUACAACUUAAAGAGCUAUUUUAUUAAGACUCUUUUUCUUUGGAAGAUUAGGUUCGAGCCGGAGUCUUACUGGUACAAGCCGCUUACAGUCAUAUUGAUCGAUAUGUUUGAGGAGUUGACGGAUCGUUUAAUGCACGGAAGACUAGACUACUUCUGGGACCCCAAGCUAAACAUGCUGGAUAUAUAUUCAAGGAAUCAAACAAUAGAAAUGUUUCGAUGUGUCCAAGGAAUGUCGGGCAAGCUAAGGAGGGUGGCUAAAGCUAGAAAUCCCACAUAUCGCAGUUUGUUGAGUGUUCUGCAGGCUUUCAGUCACAGAGAGGAACGCAUUGCUAUCCCUCGCUGUUACACGAGAAAGUCUCAUCAAAAAUGUCAAAGCAAUAGGUCCUGUAUUAUCCCCCAGGAGAUUAUAAAUUUUACAACCGGACCAAAAAGAAAAACUGAAAGAAUACAAAUAGGAGCAUCUACAUUCUUAGAUCCCGAGCUGAAAAACUUCGAUAUCUAUAAAAGCGUUCAAACAAUGGAAAAGUUCCGAUGUGUCCAAGGGACAGUGGACAAACUUAGAAGGGAUGCUGGGCAUACCAUAUAUUGCAGUUUGUUGAGCGUCCUGCAGGAUUUCAGUCACAAUAAGGAAUGGAUUGCUAUCCCUAGCUGUUACCCGAGAAAGUCUUAUCCCAAGCGGAAAUGCGUCAAGCGCCUGAACAAUCACUCCCAAUGAUGCCGUCUAGGCAAUGGGCCCUGAAUUAAUCAUGAGGAGAUAACAUUUCUUUCUAAAACUGGAUGAAAAAACAAAAACUGAAUAACAAGCUUCGGCUUGGUUUCGCUAGGGCCACUUGAUGAUGCAACCAUUGCAUGUCAACGUCCUAAUAAGAACAAGAUUAAUUUGGAGUAUCUCGCACUCACAGACCAAUUCAUUAUUUUGGGGGCGCAUAUCAAUUAAGACCUGGGCUCUCCUUCUCGAACUUGCGUAGCUUCGUGUGCCUGCCAAUUGGUUCUGUGAUGUAUUUUCUCCACAUUUUAACACUUUACGUUCCUCAAUAUUCAAGAGGAAACAUCGAUAGUGACAGUAGGGCGCCUUAUCGUAUUUGGCGCCUACCACUCGCCUCUUUUGGCUCUCUUCAAAAAGGUAAGGCACUCUCUAAAUCGGGUACUGAAUUGGUAGCAACAAUGAAUCUCAUUCCAUACUUUUAAAUUAUGUUCUUUAUUUACUGUACUUGGAUCGACAUAAUGUGAUGAUUGGAGCUGCUUUUCCCAAAACAUUGAAAAGGUGAACCCACUGGGAAAUGUACGCUAUGUUCAAAAUUCAAAAUUGCAUGCGUCGAAAAGUAUACCACCAUUCAGGCUGAGCCACUUUAACGGCCUAAAGCUGGAGACAUUUGGACAGCCGCUAAGAGUGAAUAUGCCGCAAUUAUUGGGGAAUGUAAUUCAAAGUUUCUUAUCGAUUUCAGCUGAUUUUUAAAAUCUUUUAUCGAUAAAAUACCGAAAUAUACCGACUUUUGUUCAAAAUAUGCUGUAAAUAUACUGACAAAUUGACGAGGGUAUUUAACGUCACACUGCCUGUCACACUACUGUGUAUUUAAAAUUUUUGCUCGUUGGCUGAGGUUGUGGUCGUCGUCGUCGUCGGUCUAGUUGUGGUCAUCAUUGUCCAUUGUCAGCGUCAGCAGUCCAGCAGUUCAGCAGCCGUGCGCGUGCAAACUGUUUAGAAUUCUGAUAUAUAAAUUAAUUGAAUCGGGCAAGAUCAUCAGCCAUAGGCCGUCCGCCUGUCUAAUCGAACACCGUGCGUGCGUGAAUGCAAAUUUUUUGGCAUAAAACGGCCGCGACUUCUUGAAAUCAGCGCAAUAGCAAUCGCGCCGGGGCAACAGACAGUACAAGCUAUCCAGCCACUAACUAAACGACACUAAGC